CCCAAAAGGCUUUCACACUUGAAAUCAUUGACGCCAGAAUUCACAUUCCCAGAUGACAAGCACGCACCUUGCGUUAAUAUUUAAAAAACAAAGCCAAAUACAAAUACAGCAGUCAUAAAAUCAAAAACCAUAAACCUCCCUCAUCUUCAUUUGGCGGGUAGAACAAAAACGCUCUGUUUGCUUGCUUUCCUUUCGACAAUGGCGAAAGACGAAGAUGAAUUCCGCGGUGAAAUGGAAGAACGCCUGGUGAACGAGGAGUACAAAAUAUGGAAGAAAAAUACGCCAUUUUUGUACGAUCUAGUGAUCACCCACGCCCUGGAAUGGCCUUCGCUUACGGUGCAGUGGCUGCCUGAGAGGGACGAGCCGCCCGGAAAAGAUUAUUCCGUUCAGAAAAUGAUUUUGGGGACUCACACUUCCGACAACGAGCCCAACUAUCUGAUGCUGGCGCAGGUGCAGCUUCCGCUCGAGGAUGCUGAGAACGAUGCCAGGCAGUAUGAUGAGGAACGCGGCGAGUUUGGAGGAUUUGGCAGUGCUAAUGGCAAGGUCCAAGUUAUACAACAGAUCAAUCAUGAUGGUGAGGUCAACAGGGCCCGAUAUAUGCCACAAAAUCCUUUCAUUAUUGCUACCAAAACAGUUAGUGCAGAAGUUUAUGUGUUUGAUUACAGCAAACAUCCCUCAAAGCCACCUCAAGAUGGUGGUUGUAAUCCUGAUAUUAGAUUGAGAGGUCAUAAUACAGAAGGUUAUGGUUUGUCAUGGAGCCCUUUUAAGAAUGGAUAUCUAUUGAGUGGCUCGGAUGAUGCACAAAUAUGCUUGUGGGACAUUAAUUCACCUGCCAAAAAUAAAGUACUUGAGGCUUACCAAAUAUUUAAGGUCCAUGAUGGUGUAGUUGAAGAUGUUGCAUGGCAUUUAAGGCACGAGUAUCUAUUUGGGUCUGUUGGAGAUGAUCGCAAUUUGCUGAUAUGGGAUUUGCGUACAUCUGGUGCUAACAAGCCAGCACAAUCAGUAGCGGGUCAUCAAAAUGAGGUUAACUGUCUUGCUUUCAAUCCCUUCAAUGAAUGGGUAUUGGCUACAGGAUCUGCAGACAAAACUGUGAAACUUUUCGAUUUGAGAAAGAUCUCUAAUGCUUUACACACAUUUUCGUGUCACAAGGAAGAGGUUUUCCAAAUAGGCUGGAGCCCUCAAAAUGAAACAAUAUUGGCUUCCUGUAGUGCAGACAGGAGACUCAUGGUGUGGGAUCUUAGCAGGAUUGAUGAUGCGCAAACACCAGAGGAUGCAGAAGAUGGACCACCUGAAUUGUUGUUCAUUCAUGGUGGUCAUACAAGCAAGAUAUCAGAUUUCUCAUGGAACCCAUCUGAGGAUUGGGUUAUAGCCAGUGUGGCAGAGGAUAAUAUUCUUCAAAUCUGGCAGAUGGCAGAAAAUAUCUACCACGAUGAUGAAGACAUGCCUUCUGAAGAAACAUUAUAAUAUAUAUGGUUUGUUUACAAGUUAUUCGGGAAUGACAGUCAGCUGAUCUACCAUAUUUCGCUGUCCAUUGCUUUCAUGUAACCAGAACCAAGACUUAGUCAUCUUGGUGUAGGGGAACUGGAGGUAUGGAGAAGCUCAAGCGUUGGAAGGUUCAACUUCAAUCUUUGCUUGCAAUUUGUUAUCACUGUUUUCCCUACACUUCAGUUUGGAAUUGGUAAAGUUUGUGCCAGUUCUGCCGAGGUAUAUAGUUGUACCGAUCAAAUUUGUAGGAAAUAAAUUAUAUUUAUUACAUGACAUCAUGGAAACUUCAAGAGCUUAAGGUCUUAAAUACUGGUUAUUGUUAUGAUUGGUCUCUCUGAUCCACCUAUUUCUACGUAUUGAGUUUCCUUUUCUAUUCA